GCAAUCGUCAAAAGUUUUACAUAUUUGAAAAUUUCAGAUUUUUCUUAAUUUUUUGCCGUUCGAAUGAUAAAAAUCGGUGAAGUAUUAGUGCCGUAAAUAGGUCAUUGAAAAUUUAUAUAUUUUCGGUGUGUGUGGUGUUAAAAAGAAAAGAAACGCUGGAAAUUCCUUCUCUCGCCAUUUUGACUGACUGUGAACUUUAAGUGAAUUUUUCUUCAGUUAAUAACUUGACGACAUUUUCCAAAACGGAAGCUUAAGUAGUUAAGUCUCCUAAUCUAUGAAUAAGAAGAAAAUCGCUAGACACAGACUGAAAUUAGUGCAGGCACUAAGACGUCAGCAAAGAAGAAAAAAAGAAAAACUAAAUUAAAGAGUAGAGUUUUUAAGACAAUUUGUUAACCUGUUAAAAGGUUAACAUUUUCUUGUUAAGAUUGGGUGGCAUACAGCUUCCAUAUCCUGUUUAUUAUUAAACGAGUGUAAUUAAAAAAGAAAAAUGGCGCAUUUUUCUACAGCUGCCGCCCCGGAUGAAAUCAAUUACUUCUACAAGGAUGAAAAUGGUAAAAUCAUCAAAGUUUUAAAACAAGUGGAAAUUAAACAAGAGCCUGUUGGUAGUGGCUCAUCAUCAGGAGCUGCAAUCUACGCAACCACAGUUGGCGGUAAUAUUGGUUCAUUUACACAAAUGACAACUACGAAUCAGCCCCAAUUUGUUAGAAUACAAAAUAGUUAUAAUUUACAAUCAGCGAAUAAUCCCACCACAUACACGGUAAUAACACCACAAAGCAGUACUGGCAAUAGUAACGUCAAUGUCAAUAGCAAUAUGCAAAGACAACAUAAUGGUGGUACAACAGUAAAAUAUGAACCUCUGGAAGGUUACAGUAGCGGCCGACAGCAUACGAAUGUGGAUAAAACGGGUGAUCGUUAUAUAAUAAAGCCACAACAACAGAAUCUAAGUAAUACAAAAAUCACAGCAAAAUCAAAAUUACACUCUAUCAGUCAUCAAAAUGCCUCAGCAGUACAAAGAAAACGUAAACCGGAGAAGGCGGGUAAAGGUUUGCGACAUUUUUCACUGAAGGUUUGUGAAAAAGUCAAAGUGAAAGGCACAACCACCUAUAAUGAAGUCGCCGAUGAAUUGGUGGCCGAGGAAAUACAAAAUAAUUCCUUUGAUUCGAGUAACUGUGAUCAAAAGAAUAUCCGUCGACGCGUCUAUGAUGCUUUAAAUGUUUUAAUGGCCUUGCAAAUAAUAUCCAAAGAUAAAAAGGAAAUACGUUGGAUCGGUUUACCCUCCAAUACGGUCGAGCAAUGUUCUCUAAUGGAAAAAGAGAACGAAGAGCGACGUGAACGUAUUAAACAAAAACAUCAGCAAUUGCGUGAACUACUACUGCAAUUGGUUUCAUUUAAAAGUCUCAUUGAACGUAAUAAGGAAGCAGAAAGGCAAGGCAUUAUACCGACACCGAACUCUUCAAUACAAUUGCCCUUUAUCAUAGUGAAUACGCAUAAAUCGACCAAAAUCAAUUGUAGUGUAACAAAUGACAAAUCGGAAUACAUUUUCAAAUUUGAUGAUAAAUUUGAAAUGCAUGAUGAUGCGGAGGUUUUAAAACGCAUGGGCUUACUAUUCGGUUUGGAUAAGGGCCAGUGCUCAUAUGAGGAUAUUGAACGUGCCAAAACAUUGGUUCCUCCUAAUUUUGAAAAAUAUGUUGAAGCUUACGGCAAUGGUAGAGCUACUGGUGAUAUUACUUAUGAUUCAGAUGAUGAAAUGCCCUCCUACGAGUUUUUGGAAUUAACGAAUGAUAGUUCACAACAUGGGUUUCUAAAUGCAAAUAACUCGACUAUUACCAGCAGCUCAUCAGCCAAGGUUGGCAACUUAUCAAACGCGAACAUAAAUGCCCCGCACUGUAGUGGAGGGAGUGGUGGUGGCGGUGUCAAUAAUAAUAAUAAUAGCGGUCAUCGUCAUGCUGUGGGUAUUAAAACAUGCGAUCUCGAUGAUGAUGAAGAAUUCGUUGAAAAUAGCGAUAUCGAUUGAGGAGUACAAAGACAUGUUACAUUGAGUAACCUUAGCAAUAACGACCCAAACGCAAAACCUCUAUCCGGAACUUCUCUUCUAUACCUACAAUCAAUAAAUAAUAUUUCAAAUAAUGAUAACAAUAAUAUCAAGAAAAAAGUCUCAUAUAACAAAUGCAAACAUCUACGACAAAAACAAGAUCGAAUCUUUUGUUAUUGUCAUCGCGCUUUCUCUUGCUCCUCAUUGUCGACAGAGACAAAUAAUGCAAACCUUACAAUCAGCACCAUUUCUAGCAAUGGCACUUUAAAAUCCAAAAAUAAUAUUAGUGAUGAUUCUGACGACGAUGUUGAUAAUUAUAAAAUUCCCACAAAUGCUGAAUUGAUUAAUUUAACGGAAGAUUCGUUUAAUUUCUGUUUUAUUUCGGCUUUAUUGGGUUUGCAUUAAACAUUUGUUUCUAAAUACAUUAUUAUUAUUAUUAUUAUUAUUAUUGUUUUUUCUAAUUAUGAAAAAUAAAUUUAA